UACCGCUAGUGCAAUAAUAGAACCGAUGUUGCCGAAUUUUGAAGGGAAGAGUAGCAUUCAACCCCUUCAUGAACAAACCACUGAUUUGAUUUCACGUUGAAGGAAGAUCAGUGAUGAAGCAGAAGGAGUUGACUUUACUGCUCUGCCUCAUAUGGGCACUAACCCUCCUUUACGGUGAAAUGUUCGCUUACUGGCUUCCAUCAAUCUUCACUUGUUCUUGGCCCCAUUUGAAGGUUCAAACAAAGAGUGAGAGUUACCAAAAUGAUUAUGUAAAAGUUGCUGUUAUUGCAGAUCCACAGCUCAUGGAUAAAACUUCUCUCCGUCUUCCUGAGAAGUCUCUUGCACUAGAGCUUGUUAAAUUCUACACCGAUUUAAACAUGAGGAGAUCAUUCUUUUCAUCUAUCCUUGGUUUCAAACCUGAUGUCAUAUUGUUUUUAGGCGAUUACUUCGAUGGAGGUCCUUAUUUAUCUGACGAAGAAUGGGAGGCGUCUCUCAACCGCUUUAAGCAUAUAUUUGGUUUGAAUGCACAAGGAAAAUACAAAGACAAGCAAGUUUACUUCAUUUCUGGAAACCAUGAUAUUGGUUAUGAAAGUCUUCAUUAUGCAAAGCCAAAGGUUAUCGGCCGCUAUGAAGAAACAUUUGGGAUUAGAAACUACAAAUUUACUGUUGGAAAAGUGGAUUUUAUUGCGGUUGAUGCGCAAACUCUUGAUGGACACCCACAAAAGCAUCUGACUUCUCAAGCUUGGGAGUUUGUAAAGAAUAUCUCUGUAGAUAAUGUGAUCCGUCCAAGAGUCUUAUUGACACACAUUCCUUUAUAUCGACCGGAUGGUACUUACUGUGGCCCUGAUCGUAGUUCCCCAAUUAUCAACCAGAGGAUAAAGCGUGCUUUGUAUGAUAAAAGUAAUGAUAUAAUAUAUCAGAAUUAUGUUUUUGAGAAGUCAUCGAAGUAUUUACUCGAUACUAUCAAACCUAAGCUUAUUUUAUCUGGCCAUGAUCACGAUCAAUGCACCGUCACUCAUCAAUCUAAAUCCGGGCCUGUAAAGGAGCACACUCUAGGUACUAUAAGUUGGCAACAAGGAAAUUUGUAUCCUUCUUUCAUGCUCUUGUCGGUUGAUAACUCGACUCUUCCAAAUGCUUCCGUUCCCGAAGAGCCUCUGUUGACUCAUCUAUGUUUCCUUCCAAAGCAGUUACACAUUUAUAUGUGGUAUAUUGUGCUACUUGGUUUUACCCUUCUCGCCCUCCUGUUUUGGCCAACAAGCAGCUCAAGUUUCUGGCAUCAGUGUUGGAACUUGGCGGGCCAUUUUAAGCAACUUAUAGCUUCUAUCAUAUCGAGAAAUGAAACAAAAGAGAAAGACGAGGAUGCCAACUAUGAAUAUGAGAUGAUGUGGGAUGCAGAAGGUUCAAUGCAUCUUAUAAAGAAACCUCUGAAGGCUUCCACUUCAAAUUCUAAUGAAAGAAGCUUAGGAGAAAGGGGUAAUGUUGUAAUGCGGCCAACUGCUAGAAAAAAUACUGGUCAAGAAGCAGAUUUCUCGAUGAGUAUGGAUAUGGCUUCAAGCACCGGGCCUGAUCCUCUACCGAGAUUACCUCCCAGAACAGGCAGAUCAAGGGCAACAAUUAUAAUCCAAAGAUUACUACGCAUGCUGCGAAUGCUGACUGUUAUUGCCGCAGUCAACGUUCCUCUUUACAUGAUGUUGCUAUUCAAGGAUUGGAUUGACAAGUAAAGAUGAGAUUCAUAUGUGAGUUAUAGCAUUCAGGUUUUACAUUAAGAUUUUAUUGUAAUGAAGAGUUGUUGUAGAUUUUAUUGUAAAGAUGAACGAGAACCGAGAGUUGUUGUACAUUUAUAUUAAAAUGCUAUAACUCACCCUCAUUGUAAAGGAUGUAAAACUCACAUAUGAGUCUAGAGGUUUGUACGUAAAGGGUGAUAAACACACAUAUGAGUCUAGAGAGCUUUUACAAACCUCUAGACUCUUGUUUUCCCAAAGAACAAGAACUGAGUUCUAUUCUAAUAAGUGGAAUCAGCAGCUAUGUCA